AUGCCGCUGAUGGGGACAGAGGAGUGGGAUUGGUACGUGUGGGAACAGCAGGAAAGAUUCCACCGCCAAAGAGAAGCAGCGAGAGAAGCAGAAAGAGAAGUAGAAAGAGAAGAGUCGGACAGACAACCGACAGGCGGCCACGUCCUGAGUGAUAGUGGCUGCGAUUGCACUUGCGGGUGUCUAGACCAGUGUCCAGACCCUUGGGUCAUCAUUGCUUAUGGUCCGCGCUGUCUGCUGGCAUGGGUACCUUUGACGGUUGUUGCGUACAUGGCGAUGUUCCUAAUUGACAAUGGUAGAGAACUUGACAUACUUUUCAUCAUCGUCGGCGGCGUCGUUGCCAGCGCGUGUUCUGUUCUGCUGCGGCGUCGUUGUUUGCUGGGAAGUCCCCACAAAGCAAUGUGGUGGUGCCGUGGUGUUAGUGUUCUGGGCCUGGGCUGGAUCACUGUGGUGUUCCGCGUGGUGCUGCUCACUAGGCGGAACUUUGAUAGGUCGAAGUUGGACGGCUAUGAUUCGUCGAAGUUGGAAGGCUACUUUCUCACCUUGUUCGGACUGUCCUGCGUUCUCGGCUGCGGAUUGCUUCUUGUUCGUAUUGGCGAUCUUAGAGACAAGUGCUGCCUGGUACGAGAGGCAGCAGUCCGCGAACAGGUCGCCCAGGGCUGCGUCGGUGUCAUCUUCCUGGGCUUGGGCUGGAUAAUUUUGGUGUUGCUUUGGAUACUGCCCGAUCUUUGGUCCGUUUCGCACCCUACCUGGAGGGAAGUCUUCCUUGUCACCUUCUCCGGACUAUCCUGUGCUUUCUGUUGUGGAGUUUGUCUUGCCGUUCUCGGCGAUUCUCGAGAGUGGUUUCGAGAGGCAGUCUGCAAACGGCUUGCCCGCGGCUGCAUCGGUGUCGCCAUGCUGGGCUUUGCGGCCUUGCUUUGGGAACUGCUGCCCAGAGAAAACUGGUCCACGAUGGAUGCUGGAUUGUUUGGAUUCGUCGUGUGCGGAAUCGGCUUAUCAUCCUGUUAUUUCUGGUUUUAUUCUGCUCUGUGUUGGGGUGAUGAAGAUAGCAGUCGACAGGCAACACCCGGGCCAGAAGACCAGUCGUACGAUGGACCAGCUGUGUCAGAGUCUCACAUGAACCCGUCGCCUCAAGAGGUCCAGCCAAGGAACACUGCAAACGUUCUAGGGAAGGACGAGAGGUCACGGGUAGAAGAAGUCAUCUCGCUUUAG